AGUUUGUAUCUUAAACUGCAAGUUUGUAUCUUUUGACACUCACCUUCAUAUUCAUUAUUUUUAAGCUGCAAGUCCAAAAUAAAGAGACAAUACAGAAAAAAUAUGAAGGAGAAACUUGUCACUGACUUCCAUGGUGCAUGUUAUGAAAUGCAGUUUUUCUCUUGUACACACAUCUCCAACUCUAAGAAAAACAGCACAGAACAAUCGGAAGGUUCCUAGCUUCAUCCUCUCUCUUUUGCCCUGCAUCUCUUUGCAAGAGAGUAAAUUAAUAAGUCAGGAGUUAGGACCCAGAAAUAGUUUUAGCCUCACAUGAUCUGACAGCUGACUGGAAAUCAAUGAAGUGUACUUUAAGUAACAUCACACUGAUGCCAGAUAGUUGCCCACGGUUCUACGCCGACUCCAGGUGUCCGUUUUCCCCUGGGGUUCUGCUUUGGGCUUUGAACUAGUGCAUUUUCUUUGCAAAAGCCCCCUUUCUGAUGGAAACAUGCAGUGGUUAGAAAGGAAGAAAUUAUCUUCCUAAAGCUGACAUCAUCAUGCCACUGGCUUACCUCAUCUGGGGGCUCCUCGCUGUUAGUGUCACCUCCUCAGCCGCUGCAGGAUUCAGUUCAAUAGCUGAAAAUGAAGAUGCCCUCCUCAGACAUUUAUUCCAAGGUUAUCAGAAGUGGGUUCGUCCUGUACUAAAUUCCAAUGACACCAUAAAAGUCUAUUUUGGAUUGAAAAUAUCUCAGCUUGUAGAUGUGGAUGAAAAGAACCAGCUGAUGACAACAAACGUGUGGCUCAAACAGAGAGGAGAUGGAAUAGGCUGUUCUAGACUGGGCACAAGGUCUAUAGGCUUUAGAAAUACCCAUGAGACCAGAGGCACUGAAAACUUGGAAUGGACAGACUACAAAUUACGCUGGAACCCUCCUGAGUAUGGUGGAAUUCGUUCAAUUAAAGUCCCCUCAGAAUCUCUCUGGCUUCCUGACAUUGUUCUCUUUGAAAAUGCUGACGGCCGCUUCGAAGGCUCCCUCAUGACCAAAGCCAUCGUGGGAUGGAACGGGACCGUCACUUGGACCCCACCUGCCAGUUACAAAAGCUCCUGCACCAUGGACGUCACCUUCUUUCCGUUUGACCGGCAGAACUGCUCAAUGAGGUUCGGGUCCUGGACUUACGAUGGGACCAUGGUUGACCUUGUUUUGAUAAAUGAAAAUGUUGACAGAAAAGACUUCUUUGAUAAUGGAGAAUGGGAAAUCCUCAAUGCAAAAGGGGUAAAGGGGAACAGAAGAGACGGUGUAUAUUCCUACCCAUUCAUCACUUACUCUUUCGUCCUGAGGCGCCUGCCGCUGUUCUACACCCUCUUUCUGAUAAUCCCCUGCCUGGGGCUAUCUUUUCUGACAGUUCUCGUGUUCUAUUUACCGUCCGAUGAAGGAGAAAAACUUUCCUUGUCAACCUCUGUCUUGGUUUCCCUGACGGUUUUUCUUUUAGUCAUUGAGGAAAUAAUCCCAUCUUCUUCCAAGGUCCUCCCUCUCAUCGGUGAAUACCUGCUGUUCAUUAUGAUUUUCGUCACGCUGUCCAUCAUUGUUACCGUUUUCGUAAUUAAUGUUCACCACAGAUCCUCCCCAACCUACCACCCCGUGGCGCCCUGGGUGAAGAGGCUCUUUCUGCAGAAACUCCCAAAAUUACUUUGCAUGAAGGACCACGGGGAUCGCUACCCUUUCCCAGAUGGAGAGGAGAGUCAGCUCACGGUGAAAGGGAGAGUCCUAGAGAAAAAGCAGCAGACGCAGAUUAGUGAUGGGGAGAAAGUUCUGGCUGCUUUCUUGGAAAAGGCCUCUGAUUCCAUCAGGUACAUUUCCAGACAUGUGAGGAAAGAGCAUUUUGUCAGCCAGGUAGUACAAGACUGGAAAUUUGUAGCUCAAGUUCUCGACCGCAUCUUCCUGUGGCUCUUUCUGAUCGCAUCGGUCACAGGCUCUGUUCUGAUUUUCACUCCUGCUUUGAAGACGUGGCUGCAUAGUCACCACUAGGAACGAGGGUCCUGAGCAAUCUACCAUAACGACAAACUCCCCCGUAGAGCUGGCAGCCGGCUGGCCUGUAUAUACUAACACCCACAUGCACCUGCUCAGGCGGAGGGCCUGUGUCGUCCUCGGGGAAACUGAGCCCUGAUAGUUGUGGGUUUGCCAUUAGAGUGAGUUGGGUUUAAGUAAACAGACUCUUCUCAGGCUGCGCCCUGGCUUCCCACAAUGCCCCGGAAGGAGUCAUAUGUCCAGGCCUGAGGUCACGGCCAGGACGCGCUAGGACGGUUGCCGGUGGGCGGACUGAGGCUCCCAGGAAGCCGGACUGAGGCCACCUAAGGAGGCCUGCCAGGAAUCCGAGGAGGUCUCCGAGCCAAGCUGUUCGUCUGGGCCGACUGGGGUCUCCUGCCUCUCCCGGUGUCCUUGGUGUGCUUUAUCCUGAGUUGCAAACUGGUGCGGGUGUUCUGCUUGCAUAGCAAUGUGGAUGAAUAAAUCUCACCAGCCAUAGAGGAGAAACAGCACCUGGGACAACACACCUGAACUCACGAAGGUUCCAUGAUGCCUGGUAACGAGCAUCACCCCAAACACAGCAUUCCUUACAGAUGGUCUGGUCUCGCCCCAGCGUGGUAACCUCUUCGUGGAUUAUCCAUAACAUUAUAAAGGGGUUUUUGUUUUUUGCCAAUAAAUUAGCAUUCUAUUACGACCAGAGCCAUCUUUCCAAUUCCCUCUGGAUGCAUUUCAUCCCCCACCCCCACCACACCCUCUAAGACUCACCAGGAGCCCCUUCAGAUGCUUUCUGCCUCCCAAAUCGCUGCUGCAAAUCCUAGGUUUCAGUGUGAAGCAAUCGUUCUCGUGCCCCGGUAUAAAUCCAGAUCUCUCUGUAUUAUUUUGAAGCAUGUGUCUUAUAAACAGUUUUUAGCUGGACUUUGAAAAAUCUCAACAUAAGGGUUUAACCUUUUCACAUACAUUGUUUAGUCUUAUUCAUGCCAUUUUAUUUUGUGUUUUCUGUAUGUUUCCUUGUUCCUUCUCUUUUUCCUCCUUUUCACCCUUGACUGAGUUUGUCCUUCUUUUCCUAUAAUGGUUUGAAAGUUAUGCAUCCAUCCCUAUUGAUUAAUAAACAUAGUCAAUGUUUUUUAAUCCGUGUUGAGCAUUAAUGCCUGCAGCAGCCACUCUCCGAAUGAAAUAAUCACUCCCCCUCUCUCUUUCUCACCUUUUAUGUUUUGUCUAAAUCACCCAGAAUUUCAGUUCCAAAUGACUAAUUUUUAUGUGAUGUGUCUCUUUCUUCAGAAUAAUUUAUUGACAAUGCAUUUUAUCCACAACCACAUUAAAAACAAAAAAAAUUGUUUUAUUUAUUUCUUGGGUCACCACUGUUUUUUAUCCUGUUUUCCUCUCAUUAUUUCAGAGGACCACUUCUCCAAGUAAUUCUUUCAGAGAGGUCUGAGUGUGGUAACCUUUCUGAAUCCUUGCAUUUCUGAAGUUGUAAUUUAUCGUUUCUUCACAAAAUAGGUUGGCUGGGCCUGGAAUUCUGAGUUCAAAAUCAUUUCCCUCUGCCCUAAACAACAUAGUAAAAACAGGAAGGAUUCCAUCUUGAAAAUAAGAUUGCAUUUUAAAACCCAAUUAGUUAAAAAGUAAGUUUCUUAACAGACAAUAACUCAGCCCACCUUGGGAGCAAAGCAGGCAGCCUUGAGUGAUAGGCUCCCAGACCAGGAAGCUGCUAGCUAUCCUGGGAGGAAAUCAGAGCUGUAAAUUUCUUGUAAAUAACCUGAAAGACUAAUAAGAAACCUAAUGUCUCUUGCAAAGAUAAACAGUUUGGGACCACUUAGCAGGUCUGCAUCCCUAGCCCUUUGUCUCUCAACCGCCUAUAAAACCCCUAGACAGCGCAGCACCCCAGGCUCUCUUGUCCCCUCCUGGUGUGAGCCGGGAGCUCUGUCCUCUCGCUUUAUCUCCAAAUAAAAGCCUCUGCCUUGCUCUCCUAAAAAAAAAUCAUUUCCCUUGGAACUUUGAAGACAUUACUAUAUGCUAUCUUAUAGGCGAGCAGUAUGAUGAAUGCUGGUUCUUACUCCUUUUUCCUAUCAGUUCCUGUUGUUUUCAUUCCUAAAACUCAGGCCUUUUGCUUUAUCUUUGGACUUUAGAAUGCCACCUAUACAUUGGAUCUAUCUAAAUACAGGACUCUUUCUCUGUUUUUGUCUUGGCACUUGAUGGCUACUGUCUUUCUUCAACUCACAUCAAUUUUCUUCUCUAAUUUCUUUCAUUGUUUCCUGUCCUCCAUUCUCCAGCCUUUCUUUUUGAAACUCUAGUAGAGGGUCUUGGUAUUCCUGGAUCUGUCUUCCACGUUUAUUAACUCAUUAGCGUUUCUCUCAUACUUUUUAUUUCUUUAAUUCCUUACACCGUCUAGAAGUUAAUGAUCCACAUACGUUGUUCGACUCGCCAGGAGGAGCAUGUGCGCUUAGUGGGGCUCUUCACAGCUGGCUCCUCCCCGUCUCCGGGACAUCUGCGGCCGUCUCGGAACUGCCUUCCCUGCUGCCACGCAGAUCUCCAUCCAGUUGGUACCAAAUGGCCCUUCUCC